GCGUGUAAACUACUGUUGGGGGCGAGCAAAUAUGUCUGGAGAGAAUAGACUGCUCAGGAUCUUCACUCAGAAGUACCAGGGUUUAUACUAGUCAGCACACUUCUCAGUGCCUCGUUGUGGAAUAUCAAAACUACUGAUACCCAUCUUUAAAGCUCAUCUAAGGUGGCCUUAGCACCUAGAGCAGCACAUCGCAGAAGAGGCAAGAAGGCCAGAAACAGUGAUUCGCUCACACCAGAUCGGUUUUUGUCACUCUCUCUCACGAUCUCUCAUCCCAUCUGUUGGAGUCCUCAUGCCAAGGCUGUUUCAUAAGCAGAGAUUCAUCUCUUGUCUGCAGUGUUUUGAGUGACACUUUCUCUCAAGCUUACUUUCUUUUAGAAAGGCAGACUUUGCAAGAUUUUUUAAAGUCAUUUAAAAAUCUGCACUUCAAAAAACCUCAAAGGGGGGGGUUAAAACCUCCUAUUAUUUUUGAUUAAACAGCUUCAGAGGUUGUAAUGGAUUUCUCUCCUUAGUUCUUUCAACUAACAGCAAGCAACCAUGAUUCAUCGCUACGUACAUAGUAGUCCCACUUAGAUUAAAGUUGUUCCUUUUUUUUCGGCUUGGCCAACACCUUAAUCCAGCUGCCAGCCUCAUCCUACUCUAGUAUGAGUUAUGACAGCUCUAACUCAGUGGCCAGCAGCAACGCUCGGGGGCGAGUGGCAAGGGCCGGCGAGAAAGACAAUGACCAGGAAGCUCAGUUUGAAGGGUUAAACUCGCCAAAAAGCAGCAGCAGCGGCAGUCAGCCCGGUGCCAAUGUCAGCACCCAGGAGCAAGGAAGCAGAGCCGAUGGAGGCUCUUCUCCCAGCGGAGGGUCAGGAUCUGGAGGGAUGUCCAGCGACCAGAGGGGCCCCAAUUCCGACGACAUGGACGGCCUCUCCAGUGGGAACGACUCCGGGGAGAGGGAAAGCGAGGGCGGCAUGGAAAGGGGGGGCAGCUCACACGGGCGUCAGUCCAUACGCAGCUCCCACAGUUCGUCCAAUGGCAAAGACUCUGGCAUGAUGCUGGAAACCACAGAGAGCAACAAGAGCUCCAACUCCCAGAGUCUCUCACCACCCAGCGGCUCCUUGGCCUACAGCUUGCUCAUGACCAGCUCAGAGCACGACCCUCCCUCCACCUCUGGCUGCAGCAGCGACCAGUCGGCAAGGGUCCAGACCCAGAAAGAGCUGAUGAAGGCCAUCAAGGAGCUGAAGCUCCGCCUGCCAUCUGAGCGCAAAUCCAAGGGUCACUCCAGCACUCUAAAUGCACUUAAAUAUGCCCUCCAGUGUGUCAGACAAGUCCGAGCCAACAAGGAGUACUAUCAUCAGUGGAGUGUGGAGGAGUGUCAUGGCUGCAGUCUGGACUUGUCUGCCUUCACAAUUGAGGAGCUUGACAACAUCACCUCAGAAUACACCCUCAAAAACACUGACACAUUCUCGAUGGCUGUGUCUUUCUUGUCAGGGAAAGUUGUGUACGUAUCACCCCAGGGCUCGUCCGUGCUGCGCUGUAAGCCCGAGUGUCUCCAGGGGACCAUGUUUUCAGAGCUUUUGGCGCCUCAGGAUGUCAGCACUUUCUACAGCGGCACAGCACCUUGCCGCCUCCCACUCUGGGCGUCGUGCAUCGGGUCUGCUUCUCCUCCAGUUGACUGCACUCAGGAGAAGUCCAUGUUCUGUCGAAUCAGCGCCAACCGGAUGCAGGGCAGCGAGAUGCGCUACAACCCCUUUCGCCUCACACCCUACCAGCUCACCAUCAGAGAUUCAGACACCUCUGAGCCACAGCCUUGCUGUCUGCUCAUUGCUGAGAAAGUCCACUCUGGAUACGAGGCUCCUCGGAUUCCUCCAGACAAGAGGAUUUUCACCACCAGUCACACUCCCAGCUGCCUUUUUCAGGAAGUUGACGAGAGGGCUGUGCCGUUGUUGGGCUACCUGCCUCAGGACUUGGUGGGAACCCCCACUCUGCUCUACAUCCACCCUGAGGACAGACCCAUCAUGGUGGCUAUACACGAGAAGAUCUUUCAGUUUGCAGGGCAGCCGUUUGAGUACGCGCCGCUAAGGAUGUGCGCCCGCAAUGGUGAAUACCUGACCAUCGACACCAGCUGGUCUUCCUUCGUCAACCCCUGGAGCCGGAAGGUGGCAUUUAUUGUUGGGCGCCACAAAGUCAGAACGAGCCCACUGAACGAGGACGUUUUCACGAUACCGCAUGGCUGCGAGGGUCGCACCACAACUCCAGAUGUCGUGCAGCUGAGUGAGAAGAUCCACCGGCUCCUGGUGCAGCCCGUGCACAGCGGCAGCUCUCAGGGCUACAGCUCACUUGGGUCCAGCGGCUCCCGAGGCUCUCGCCGCUCACACCAGCAGCACCUCAGUGCCGCCUCCUCCAGCGACAGCAACGGCCCCGUCAUGGACGAGGCUGCCGUCGCCAUCGCUUUGCACAAGCCUAUGACGUUCCAGCAGAUCUGCAAAGAUGUUCACACGGUCAAGACUAACGGACAGCAAGUUUUCAUCGAGUCCCGUAACCGGCCACUGCCCAGAAAAAACACUAACACAGGCACAGCAGCCAGCCUCAGAGCUAUCAAUAGCGACCCAAUCAAAGGUCUGGUAGCUGAUAUGACCAAGCCCCCUGCAGCCCUGGUCCCCGGCCCGCUUGUACAGAAGGAGCACCCUACUGGCUACUCCUACCAGCAGAUCAACUGUCUGGACAGCAUCAUAAGGUACUUGGAGAGCUGUAACAUUCCUAACACAGUUAAAAGGAAAUGUGGCUCGUCCUCCUACACCACUUCCUCCACGUCUGAUGAUGACAAACAGCAGGAAGCCAGCGGAAACACCAAAGGCGGUUCAGUUAGCCUGGUAGGGGAGCCUGCCCCUCUGCCACCACUGACCAUGGCCACCAAGGCAGAGAGUGUAGCCUCAGUCACUUCCCAGUGUAGCUUCAGCAGCACCAUUGUGCAUGUGGGAGACAAGAAACCUCCUGAGUCAGACAUCAUCAUGGAGGAAGUUCCCAUCACUCCCACGCCUGCUCCUCCUUUCACUGCUACUCCUGCCGCUAGAGGCCUGACGCCUCCUGCUAACACAGCCAUCGCCCCUCCUCUUCCUCCUCCUCCUCCCCCGCCCCCAGUGAGGGACACCUGGAGAAGUGGAAGUGGAGGAGGUGGUGGAGGAAGCGGAGGCCGACGGGGACUUACAAAGGAGGUACUCUCCGCCCACACCCAGCAGGAGGAGCAGGCGUUCCUCCACCGCUUUAAGGACCUCAGCAAGCUGCGCGUGUUCGAUCAGACGGCGUCUUCGACCGUGCGCUGCCACACACAGGCUGCCAACCCUCUCUCACGAGGAGUGCGCUGUUCUCGCGACUACCCAGCCGCAGGAGGCAGCACCGGCAGACGUGGCCGUGGGGGUAAAAGGCUCAGGCACCAGGAGUCAUCUGACCAACACAGCUCCAUGGGCCUGAAUGGGAACCACAGAGACCUCAGGACCGCCACAGUUCCCGGGCCCCUCAACAUGACUCUCGGACCCCAGACAAGCUCCUCCUCCUGGCCAUCUGUGUGCUCCCAAGCCAGCAUUCCCGCAGCCCCUUUCGCCCCCGGUAUGCUUCCAAUCUACCCCGUCUACCCACCGCUCGCACAGCCAUUACCAGUCCCCGAUCCAUUGCGUUUCCCGGCUACCCAGAUGGUGCCUCCCAUGAUGGCCCUCGUUCUGCCCAACUACAUGUUCCCCCAGAUGGGAGCGCCCAUUUCUCAGCCGGCCGCCAACCCCGGACACUUCUACAAUCCUAACUUUACUUACCCUGGCACCACCCCAGCUGCUGUUUCCAACCCAAUGCCCAUUCCACCAGUAACAGUUGCCCCGUCUCGUAGCAGCACCCCCCAGUCAUACAAUCAGACACCUGCUGACCGCGAGGGGGCAGAGUCCCCCCUCUUCCAGUCCCGAUGCUCUUCCCCUCUCAACUUGUUGCAGCUUGAGGAGUCUCCUAGCAACCGGUUGGAGGUCGCCACGGCCCUGGCUGCUUCACAGCAAGCUACACCUUCUGUGCAGGGAGGUGCAGCCCCCGGCUCACCUAACCAGAGGAGCUCCGAUGACACCUCCAAGGAGAACGAGAAUGAGAAUGGUGAAACUAAUGAGUCCAACCAGGAUGCCAUGUCCACAUCCAGUGACUUGCUGGAUUUGUUACUACAGGAAGACUCCCGCUCAGGCACUGGCUCCGCUGCUUCUGGAUCAGGAUCCUCAGGCACGAGGUCCUCGGGUUCCGGCUCCGGCUCCGGCUCCAACGGCUGCAGCUCCUCUGGCACCAGCGGCACCAGCAGCAGCCAGGGCAGCCACACCAGCAAAUACUUUGGUAGUAUCGACUCCUUGGAGAACGACCACACCCGCAAACAGCCAACAGGGGGCAGCAGUAGCACCGGUGGAGACGGAGGCGAGGAGCAGUUUAUCAAGUGCGUCCUGCAGGAUCCCAUCUGGCUGCUGAUGGCCAACACUGACGACAAGGUCAUGAUGACAUAUCAGCUGCCUGUCAGGGACUUGGAUACGGUACUGCGUGAGGAUCGUGAGGCCCUCAGGAAUAUGCAGAAACAGCAGCCACGUUUCACAGAGGACCAGAAGAGAGAGCUCAGCCAAGUGCACCCCUGGAUCCGCACAGGACGUUUACCAAGAGCCGUCAAUAUCUCUGGAUGUACAGGCUGCAAGUCUCCCUCCUCUGCACUUCCCGCCACCCCAUUUGACGUGGAGAUCCACGAGAUGGAGCUGUGCAGUGUUCUCAAGUCUCAGGAAGAGGAUGCGGAUAAGGCCAAGAAAAAACAGUCUGAGACAGCCAUGGACGAAACCCAGCCCGAGGACGAAGACGAGGAAGAAGAGGUCGAAGAGAAAGGAACCAAAACACAAGACAGCAACCAAGACAUGACGACAGAGGAGCAAAGAGAGACCUCGGAGUCUGUCGCAGUAAAGUCUAACGAGUCUGACAUGACUCACUGAGCAGGUAGCCAAAGAUAAAGAAGAAUGGUGUUUAUCGGGACCUUUCUACAUUUGGGACCUUUUUACAUUGAUAUGCAGGAAAUGUGCACCUUCCAGGACUUUAUGUGCUUGUAACAUCAAUACACUAGAUGUAAGGUGUUAAAAUGGCCUGUUCUGAGACUUUUAAGGUGCAUAUUGAUCCAGACAACUGCCAUUUACUGUUUGAAUAAAUCAGAGUCCUACUUUGAUGACAACAAACUAGGCAUGUUGUACAACUGCAUAUUAGAUGCCUUGGAAAACGCAGGAUGUGCACACUCAGUCUUAGAGUGUGAGAUAGUAUUUUUUUUUUCUUCUUCUUGGCAUAUUUAUUUAAAAGUUGUAAAUAAUCCGAGAGGACGAAGGUGAAUGUGUACUAAAAAGGCGCCUUUACAUAAAGAUGGAUGUGCUUCACCACAGUGUCCUCCUUUUCAUGUCAUGUUCAGGGUUCAGCUAACGAGGAAAGAAGGGAGCUUAUCUGCUCAACUCUGACUUUUCUUCUCUUGUUGAAUGUUUUAAAAAGGUUGUGGGAUCCUGCAUCCACCUAGGUCCCCGUUUUCUCUCAAAGACUAAAUUGUAGUUUUUGUUAUGUAAACCUUGCUCCUACUAUAGAAAAAGCAUCACUCACCCAACAGACAAAAUGUACAGUUGACUUUAUUUUGUAAACAUUGUGUAUAUUUUUAUAUUUUCAUCACCUUGCAAAUAGAGAGGAUAAAUGCCCAAAAGAUUUUCUGUACUAUUUAAAAACAAAAACAAAAAAAGAUAUAUGUAAAAAUCAAACAUUUAAAAUCUUGUUUUACAUUUCCAGCAGAAAUAACAAUCAGAUCACAGCCUUUUAAGCUGUGUGACACUGGAGUCUAGUUUCUUCACAUGAGCGAUGUACAGUUUGAAAUCGUGGGGCAACGUGGCAAUCGCCAAGAGAUUGACCUGGACUUUAAGGUCUCUCUUUGGUGGCCGGGCAUUAGUUUGUGCAUUCAUGUGGUCACCCCACAUUGAGAAAUGAACAAUGCGUCUUUUGAGAAGUGAUUCUCUCACAAAAACAUCACAAGGCAGUAUUUCCCAAACCGCCAGCACCCUGAAGAGCUGUGAAGCCCUUCAGCAGAGGGAGAGUCUUUGUGUUGCCAGUGCUUUCUCAUAGUGGUAAAUUAGAUUUUUAAAAAAGAGGUGGACAUAGCUCUCUAAAAACGUCUUGAGAGUUCGGAGAGCGUCUUCUCUUUUUCCUCUCUGUCCCUUUCUCUUCCUCUCUGUGGCACUGUUCUGGUCAUGUGAUAUCCUAUGCUUUAUGGCGUCAGUGGUGUCUGCGACAGUUUCUUAAUAUUUUUGUGAAAUUCUUUGUACAAGACAAUAAAAUGACUU